AUGGCUCCGACCAAGAAAACCACCGCCGCCACCGCCAACACAGCUUUUGACCCUGACCCAAACACCGCUGCCUCCACUGGCAUUCCCACCGAACUCCCCACUCACACCGACGGAUAUACGAACCCUGAUCUUGUCAUGGAGAUCAUUUGGCCCGCCCCCAAGAUGCAACUUCAGAGCAUUCAUAUGGCUGAAGACAAUUAUACCGUAAUUUCGGCUUUAUCCUUUGGAUAUUGGAGCUGCAUUGGAUCUGAAGACUCGACAAACCGCGUCGAAGGGGGGCACACUCAUCCACGAAAUGCUACAUGCCUACACGAUUCAUGGAACCUGACUGAAAGCGAUGGCACCAAGUCACACGAAAAAUGCCACUGCGGCACCAAAACUGCCACUGCGGCACGAAAACCGUACACCGGCCUGUGGAAUCAGAACUGGCCAGGCGUGCUCCCUCGCUGA